UUCCUUUUUUUUCCCUUUUUAUUCAAACGAUCAAGUAUGAGUGGUGUGGUUACCCUUCUUGUUGACUCGAAACCAUUGUCCGUUUUUUGUCACAUGAGAAAUUUUGGGUGUGGAGAUGGAGGAUGGACGCCAGUCAUGAAGAUUAACGGAAAUGAGGUGCAUACUGUUAAUGAAUGAUUUAUUUCGUAUAUAGACCCGCUCUCUUUCAAAACGUUGCAAAUUGCAAACGUGCAUGUCACAUAUGUAUGACUUUUGUUUUUCUUCGAGAAGGUAAUGCACAAAGAACAGACUUUGUUCAACGUAAAUUUCAAAACUUAUGGUGUUUAUAAUGACUUUUGAAAAAGAAAAGUUUAAAAGGAUGUAUAAAUAUAUCCUAACGUGUUUUCUUCUAGUAUCAUGUAACAGCUCACACCCUUAAAUACUUAGGAUUAGUUAUCGAUUCCUUUAUGUUGUGGCAUGAUCAUAUUGAUUAUAUUAGCAGUAAAAUUAGCAAAAGUCUAAACAUAAUCGCAAAACUGAAACGACAUUUAAAAGUUCAAUCUCUUCUAAGUGUAUACUGUGCACUUGUACAUCCUUAUUUAACAUAGGGCUGCAUAUUGUGGGUUAAUAAUUACGAAGUUCUAUUGUCUCAGUUGGUAAAGCUACAAAACAAAGCUAUGAGAAUCAUCAACAAUGUACCAAUUCGUGACCAUGUUACUCCCCAUUAUGUAAGCCUCGGCCUAAUUAAGCUUCCUGACAUAAUUAAAUUGAGUACGUGUCAACUAUUCUACGGUUAUAUUGUAGACAAAAAAUAUUCUAAUUUUGCCCUUUCUUUUGUAUCUGAGAUCCAUGAUUAUGCCAUUAGAAGUACAUCUUCUCAACACCUGAACCCCAGCCCCUUCAGAAUAAAUAAAUUCUUUCCAACAGUUAUAGGGUGCUACUAUUCGAAUGAUAUUCCUAUAUCUAUACGGGAGAAGCCCACUUAAAACCUUUUUAAAAGAGCACUUUUCUCACGUUACCUUUCCCAGUACUGAUUAAUGUCUUCCUCUGACCAUGUUUUAUUUAAAUAUUUGUUGUUUAAGGUGUGAUUCCUAUUCCUUCUCUUAUAUAUUGUAUCUUACAUUUGUAUCUUAUUGUAUCGCUUCUUUUUACUGUAUGAAAAAUUGUAAUUUAAGGUAAAGAGUAUCUAAUUAGCUCGCUAUAUUAUGCCCUUCUCCACCCUCUUAUCUUACUUGUAAUUAUUCAUCAGACUCUAAUCUAUCGAAAUGGAGGAGAAAAAAAUAAAUACUUACACUAAUACAGCUAGAUAUAUGCAGAUACACAACAGGAGGCAGAGAGCAAAUAUCCAUCAAUUCAGAGAAAACACAAACAUGUAUUGCUACUACAUUUCAGACCACCUUCCAUUAUGACUCGCAGUAUUGGAGCAAUUACAAUGAAUACAACCUCCCUGGUGGAGAGACUGGGUUUGACAAACAGGAAACAAAGCUACCCACCUACUGGAACACCUCCUUCUCCAAAAUAUGUCUCGGAAUGAAGAUCGGCGAACAGCUCAAGUUCAUUGUCAUCAACAAGCAAGCUGACUCUCUGCACUCACUGAUCGCUGAUGAGCAAUACCGUAACACCUCACUGGGUCGUGACGAGUGGAAAAAGUUGAUUGGCAGCGAGGCCUCAUUACAGAAAAACUGCAACAUGGAAGGAUUCAAUGCCUUUAGUACUUGGAGUAAUCGUUCUAGAGUCAGAAUUGGUAUUGUUAGCAAUAACGAGAACGACUGCCACACGUGCAACUCUUUGAUUGGAUUUGGUACAGGAAGCCACCCUAAUCAUGGAAAAUCUUGCGGAAACCAGGCCGACGAGUCAAGUCCAGAUAAUGGAUGGAAGAGUAUUAAAGCCAUGGGGUACAUAUUAGUGCAAUAA